GCAGGCAGUUAUCAGGCGUUCACCUUUGCACAUCAUAUUUGAAUUACUUUCGAUUUCAAACUCAUCAUUUCCUGGGUAGCUUUGGCGUUUUUCAACGCAAAAGUUUCGUACAAAGAUAUAUAUUUGUUAGACAAGACAGCCGAAAUAUGAGUGAGAGCGAUACGGGGCCGUCAAAAGCUAACGAAAGAGUUUGCGAAGCAGAUUUCGCAGCCGUUGUUUUCCACAACGUGUCGGAUUGCUAUAUGCCAGGUAACGACAUAGAAUGCUGCUACACAAUCAAAUCAUCGGUAAAACCAACCAAGAAAGAUUGGGUCGGUUUGUUUAAAGUCGGGUGGCAGUCAUCGAAAGAGCAUUUCACAUACGAAUGGUCGCCGUUUAUUGAACAACAAGAUGUCGAGGAAGGGAAGGCGAUCGCAAACCGUGUUCUCUUCAAAGCCCAUUUCUUGCCAAAAGCGGACGACGAGUUUUACCAAUUCUGUUACGUCUCGUCGUCUGGGGACGUAAGAGGAGCAAGUGUCCCAUUUCAGAUAAAAACUAAAAGCGACGACUAUGGAUUUGAAUGUUUGGAAAUGGAUGACGAGGAGGGAAUGUUGUUGGUGAAAAAUCGGACUGCGAUACUCGAAGAUUCACUCAGCCGGGCCCUGGAAGAAAACACCUCCCUAAAAACCUCCAAAGAACAGUACGAGUCAACAAUCAAGGAACUAAAUGAUUCCAUUAUGGAGCUUGAAAAUAGAAAAGCAACUCUCACAAGCAAGUUGAACUCUAUCACCAAAGAUUGUGAGGAGUCCAAGAAAGAAUCUCGGGCAUUGUCGAUAUGUUUAGAGGAGAAAACGAGGAAUCUGCACGAGGAGAAACGUAGAAAGGAGGAACUUGAAAAGAAAAUCGAAGAGAUGGAGACAAGCAAAAAUGAGCUCUUGGUAAUGUUAGAGAACGCAAACAAGAAAACUGAAGAGCUGGCAAUUCUUUUGGAACAAGAGAGAAUCCAGAGUUGUGAAGUGCAUAAAACAAGGGAAAAACUUGUAACUGAGAAGAUACAAUUUCUUCAAAACAUUGCAUCUAACAGGGACCUUGCAGAUCAGCUGUCAGUUGAUCUGGCUGCUAAAGCAAAAGAAGUAAAAGCCAUGGAAAGUAGACUGAGUGACGAAAGAGCACAUCAUCAACAGAAAAUCAGUAAACUGAACAGCUGUCUUGAAGAGGCUGUGAGUGACCUGAAUUCCCUCAGAGAUGAGCUCAAUAAAGAAAAAGAAGCAGCUUCCUCUAUGAAGAUGACAUUAGAGAAGAAAGCAAAGGAAGCACUAGAGAAAUCUCAAAUUGUUGAAAUUGCACUGAGGGACAAGGAAAGUGAGAUCAAACUUCUGAACAAGAAGGUGGAAGCCACUGAUUCAAAGGUUUCCAGUCUAAAGCGCGAAUUUGAUCAAUCCAAGGAAGAGGGUGCACUUGAGAUGUCUAACCUGGAAGACAGGCUUAACUCUUUACUUGAAGAAAAUUACAUCAAGCAAGAAAUGAUCUACCGUCUUGAACAAGAUCUUGAUGACAUGAAUUCCCUGUUGGAGAUAGAGAAAGGAAAAAGCACUGCAUUAGAAGAAGAUUACGAAAGUGCUCUAAGAAAUCUUGAAAAUCAGUUAGAGGGAGAACGUGCACUGAACAAGUCAUUGUGUUCCCAGUCUGAUCGCACCCUCACAGAGCUCCAGAAUCAAGUUGAAAACCUUCUUGAGGGUAACCAAAGACUGGUGCAUGAACGAGAAGAGAAAAAUUUGCUUAUCAAGAACCUCCAGGAGGUAUCAGAAAACAAGACAAAGCAAUUAUCCAAAAUGCAAGAGGAACUACAGACCACAAGUGUUCAACUCAGAGAUGCACUGGCUAAAGUUGAGGAGCUGAAAUCAAAUAAAGAACUGCUACAACAAUCUCUCAGUGAUUCUAAGGGGGAGAGCCAACAAAUGACAAAGAACUCUGCUGCUUCCAUGUAUGCACUGCAGACGGCUCAAUCUCACCUGGAGAAGAAGUAUUUCCAGGUUAAAAAGGAGCUUGAGGAACUCUGGAAGGAGCGGAAUGAGUUGAAGAGAGUUCUGGCAGCUGUCCAAGGAGACCUUCCUGUCGGGGACUUGCGCCAUGAGAUUGAAGAUCUCCGUGCCAAGAAUUAUGACUUGAGGGCACGGCUCAACAUGGGUGCUGAAGCGUACAAGAUCAAGUUCAUUGAGUGGCGCAAGCUUCAGUCACAACUCCAGAAAGCAAGGAGAUCGUCACCUUCUGUAAAUUCUGAUAAUGAAGUUUGUCAUGAUGCAAGGAACACAAUCUCAAAGCUCAGAGAAGAAAUGGAGGAGUUGAGAGAAUCUUCUGCCGCAGCACAAAAGGCUUUGGAGCAGGAAAAACAACAAAGGUUGGAAAAGCUUGAAAUGAAUAACCAAGAGAUCAUGUUUCUAAGAGAGGAACUUCAAAAAGCAGUUGAGGAGACCAUGCAAAAGACCUCCACAGAAUCACCAGAAGAGGAGAGUGUCUCUAGUUUAAUGAGGCAGAUGUCACAGCUACAGUUAGAGGUGGAAGUUCGUGACACAAGGCUAGCAGAAAUUGAACAUCUUUUCCAGACAGAAAAAGCAGACAAACAAAACUUAAUCUCGGAAAUAAUGAAUCUGCAGGAGCAACUACAAAAGGCAGAGAAGGACGAGGAAACAAGAAAGGAGGAGGUAGCCAAGCUUGAAUGUGACCUUAAGCGGGAGCAGAAUGAGCAUGACCAGCUUGGGGAAGAGGCACGACAAAAAAUAGCUGAGCUUGAGAAGACUGUUCUGAGUCUUAGAGGAGAGGUUGAGCGCUGGAAGAUGGAAGUCGACAUGUAUGUUGCUGGGGAGUCACAGAGGAUCGGCAGUAAUGAGGAUAUACCAGUUGAACCACCAGUUGAAUCACCAUGCCCGCCUGUGCCCACACCACCUACAUCAGCGCCAUUACCCAAUUUCCAGUGGCCUUGGCAUAGGAACUGGCCCCCACACUUCCCUCAGCAGGGAACCCCUCAUGUGUGUAGUACUCCACAGCAGCCAUGGGUGAUGGUACCAAGGGACGCUGGUCAACAGCCAGAGGUACCCCCCACAGCCUUUCCUCAACAGAACCACCCCCCCUUCCCUACACAGCAACCAGACCAACAACAGGGGGGAGCCAACAGAGAGUGUCCAGUGUGCAGAAUUGUAUUUCCUCCAAAUGCUAAUGUGCAGUUUGUCCAGGAUCAUAUUAACUCACACUUUGAUGGUCGUUCUUAGAAAUAAUCUCAUAUGAUUUGAAUUGUUUUUUUUUGUAGCAGUGUUUAUAAUACAAAGCUUGAGAAUUGCUUUUUAUUUAAACAGAUUACAAGUAGGGUAAAGUGAUUUAGUUCAAUUUCUAUGUUGACAUGUUUAUUACCAUUUGCAUUAUAUAGAAUUGUAUAAAGCUACAAGCAUGGGUCUAAACUAUGCAAUAGCGGCUGUAAUGUGUGUUACCUGUUUAAAUUCCUAUAAUUUGAUCUAAGGUUAGGGAGAUCAAUUCCGAAAAGAAAUAUAUGUGUGAUAUCCUUAUCAAUAUGUGUGAUGUCCUUAUAAUUAGCAAAGCAGAAAGAAACAUUUACAAAAUGUGAAUGGUCAUGACAAGUAAACACAAUAUAAAUAUUACAAUAUUACACGGGGCAUUCUAGAGCUAGAAUUCCUAGAGCUAGGUGACACAAUCAGGUCACUAUGGACUACAUCUUAUUUCAAGUAAUAAAGCAGGCUAAAUACAAAAGCUUAUACGCGCAUGUGAGAAUAACACGAACGAGGAAGAAAGACGGACGGAGAGCAAAAGAGGCGGGAAACGAAAAGGAAGAAAAGGUUACGAUCUGUUCCUUCUCUCAAGAUAGGCAUAGGCCUUUAACUUCUUCGUUAUUAGUGGAACGUAGUUUAGGAAUAGGUUAUUCAGAAAAGGAGUGAAAAGAAAUCAGGAACUGCUAGAAAUUAAAGGUUUAGUACAAUAAAAUGAUCUUAAACAUCUUAGGAUGAACUAAAACCAUGUUCCUUAUCGGUUCUUUUUAAUGACAUACCGUAAAUGAUUUAAUAAAUCCUGGGGGCGUUACUUAAAUUUCAAUGGUCGGGGGGGGGGGGGGGGGGGGGCGUUCAUUAUAAACUAUAGUAACAUAACGAACUCAAGUGCAGUGGGUUUCUAAUUUCAUUUAGGAUUACGUUGAAUUAUAGCCUGCGUAGCAAGCGUUUAUUGAUAAGUAGCAAGAAAGCUGCUCGCUUAGAUUAAGCAAGAAGGCAAUCAAAUUUGAUUUAUAUUACAGGAAUUCCCAUGUCGUCUGUUUUUAAGCUGGGAGGUAGGCGAGCGGCGGAGGGGUUGGGGGGAGGGGUUGGGGGGAGGGUGUUUAAUAAAAAGGGGCGUUUGUAGGGAGGGGCGUUCAAUACAUACUUGUAAGCUUAGGGGGGCCUUCAUUAGAUAGGAAGCGCUCUUUAGGUAGGGGGCGUUAAUUAAAUCAUUUACAGUAACAAGGAGAGGAAAUGGUUGGCUAUCCAUUUGUGAAUUGGUAUAUUGAGGUGUCAACGAGUACUUAAUAAAAAUCACAUAUGAUUUA